AUAAGCCUUCGGUCAGUUGCGGAGAAAUAAGUUGAGGCGAGUAGGACAUACGCCCAUUCGCCCACCCGAAUGGCACGCAAUGGAAUCACUCACGUCACCUCCGCUUAAAAACACCCUGGACCCUUUAACUAGGCCACACACUGACACGUCAAAGAUGAGUACGGCAUCCAUCCAUCCAGGACACACACAAUGCAAUCAGUCACGUCGUCCAUUCAAAAGCACUCAGUCCCAUUCCACCACCGCUCACACAGACUGACCCUCUCCACCUAUCCAAUCCACCAACACCACCCGGCCAACACCACUCACCCCUCACACCAGCACCGUCCCCCUGUCAAUGACGGCACGCUCGAGACCGAAUGGCCGCAGCACACGGCGCCACAGGGGUUCCGACACGGGAAAGCGCACAGCGAGUGGAGCCGGCGCACCGGCAGCAGAUGGCUUGGUCGUGUUCAGACUGAUGCGGUCGAAGCCCACCCACACACUGGCAGCGACGGUCUUGUUCUGUCGGAAGCCGCUCACUAUCACAUGACGAAAGUCACGCGGAUUCGCAGCAUUCAGAUCGCUCCUGUCCCAGCGCCAGUCGACAGCGAUGCCCUGAUCCUCUGUGAUGCCCUCGGUCAGCAGACGGCCAUAGUCAUAAGGGCCGACGACUGCAUCGAGCACCCUCCUCCUAUCCACCUCACCGCACCACCGCCCGAGCAGAUUGUGCAGCAGGAAUGCCGAGAAUGAGGGGAAGGGCCAGUCAGUGACCCAGCGGAUGGCGGGGUCGGUCCGCUUGUAGCCGUCAGCAUAGUGAUGGCCGCCCGGCAGAUCACCAUAUGGCACCACACGAAAUGACUCAUUGCCAAUCCGGUAGGCCCCAUUGUUGGCUUGCUGCAGCGCCAGGCUCUGUCCGCCCAGUUUGAGUAGGUGGCUGAAUGUUUUGUAGAUGGCCAUUGUGAGGGGCAGCUGGUGGAAGGCCGUUGCUGUGGGCAGCGAGUCGGCCGACAGCCGAAGGGGCCGCGUCGUGUUGGCGGGAGUCAGCCGAUAGAUGAAGGCCAGGCAAAGGAACCGCCCCAUCGCCCGCCACUCCUCACCGCUGCCCUGCUUCAGCAGCCAGACGACCCCUCAAGCCGCCCUCCACGUUACCACCAAUGUCGAAGGCCAAGACGUCCUCCAAGCCGAGACGCCUGAUGGCCUUGUUGAUGUGUCGCUGGACGCCGUUGAGCAGCGUGCUCGUGACGGUCGCCGAGGUGUGGCCCUUCAGCUCCUGCUGCCGAGUGGGGGUGACGAUCUGUGAGCGGAGAGCGGCUCGCGUGGCAUUGUCAGCCGACAUGGCCAUGGCGGCCAUCUUGCUGAUGGGCAAUGACAGGUCAAAGAGCUCGGCGGGCUGGAAGAGGGGCUGGGACGAGGGCGCUGCACCAGUGGGCCGCAUCGUGACGUCUGAGGUCUCG